AGAGUGGGAAGGGACAUGGCCUACGAUUGCUGGUCCUGCGACUUGCUAUGUGCUGCUUCAUCACCAGAUCUGUACAGGAUAAACCUAGAGCAGGGACGAUUCCUUGCUUCUCUUUCCUCCGAAUCACCAGCAAUAAAUGCGGUUACACGAAGUAAGAUCCAUGGGCUUGUUGCUUGCGGUGGUGAGGAUGGUGCGGUUGAGUGUUUUGAUAUGAGGAAAAAAACUUCUGUUGGCAGAAUUAAUAUUCCAACUGUUAGUUCUGAAGAUUAUUCUCAGGAGGUCACGUCUUUGCAAUUUGAUGAAGAUCAAGGAUACUUUAUGGCAGUGGGGACCAGUACAGGAAAGAUAUCAAUAUAUGAUUUACGCAUGUCUUCUCCUCUGAGAGAUAAGGAUCACAUGUAUGGUAGCCCAAUAUUAAAUAUCAAAUGGCACCAGACACUUAAUUCUACUGAACCUAAACUGAUCACUGCUGAUAAGCACAUAGUGAGAAUCUGGGAUCCUAAUACAG